AGAGAUUCCAGUUGUUCUGCAUAAGAAGAAUGGAAAUGUUUAGAAUUUCUUUUGUCUUGAGUCUAGUUUUGACUGGAUCACUGGCUCAGUUUUCUCCUACUCUGACAGUUGACAGCUGUACAAAGAGUAAUCUAAAAUUAACACUAAACGAUGCCGCUCAGAAUGGGAUCAUUUAUAUCCAGGGUCAAGGGGCCGCUUGCAAGCAACUGACAACGACAGGAUCGAACACUCAUGAAUUUAACUUUGUUGCUUGUGGUAUAGCUUGGGAAUCAUCGUUUAAGAUAAUUGUUCAGAAGAAACAAUUGUACCAGACAGGAGAUGAUAAACAAAUACCAAUUAUGUGUUUAGCUGACCUGACGGAUAUAUCUUUAAGCGGAGAUGCCAACAACUUGGACAAAGACGAUGACAUCGGACAAAAUUUAACUGUGAAGCCAACAGCUUUUAUGAAAUUGUACAGCAACGGAGUUGAUGUAACCGGUGGUAAUGUUAAACUUACUGACAUGUUGACUUUGACCAUGGAGCUUGAUGCUGAAUAUCUUCAGGAUUUUGACAUCAAAGCAAAAUAUUGCACAGCUUCAACCAUCCCAAUAAUUGAAAAUUCCUGUGCAACUGAUACAGAACUGUUUCCAGAAUAUGCAAAACCAGCUCAAGGUUACUUGUCUGCUACUUUCGGAGCUUUCCGUACAACCGAUCUUAAUGGUGGAUCGGUCCCUAUGACAUUCACAUGCUCGUUACAAGUUUGCCUGGGAAGCUGUUCAGUAACAACAUGUCAAAGUGGCGAGAACGGUUUUGGAAGAAAAAGAAGAGAUGUGAUGGACGUCAUUGUUUCAGGGAGUCUUCGUCAAAAGAGAGGCGCAGACGACAAUUCACCAUUCGAUGACAUCAAUGUUGGAUCAACACUUAGAAUUAUAGCUAAUGAUGUAGUUAUUGAAGAUGACGACGGUAAUGACAACGUAUGCAUGAAUAAAUUACCUUUGAUUCUUGGUCUGAUUGCCUUUAUUGUUGCCAUUUUGUCAUCUGCUGCUGCAGUUGUAUACCUGUAUAGAAAACUGAGAGCACAGACGGAACUAAAGGCUUCAAACAACAAAUGCUGAAGAUAAAACUAAUUCUACCACUACUAAAACGUAUUCCAGAAUAAUAAGAGAAUCAAUUUAA